AUGGUGCAGCUUCUGGAUUACAAGCCCUUAAGCUUGGAUGGUCCGGGUCUCCAAAGAGUUGGAAAGGCUCUGAUCCUUGUGGAACCGCCGCCGAUUGGGUUGGAAUUACAUGUGACAACAAUAACCGCAUCAUUAGCUAACCUUAACUUGGAAGGACAGCUUUCUGAGGAUAUAACGUUAUUGGAUGAAUUGCAGAACUUGGAUUUGACAGGGAAUCGUAAAUUGUCAGGACCAAUUCCACAAAAGAUCGGCGAGCUUAAGAAGUUGAAGAACUUGCACAUAAUGGGAUGUAGUUUCAGUGGCCUAAUCCCUGACUCCAUAGGAUCGUUAGAACAACUUACAUACCUUCAUUUUGGAAAUAACAAGCUUACGGGUGAUAUCCCAAAAGAGCUCUUCAGCUCAAAAAUGAAUUUGAUUCAUGUUCUAUUCGAUGGAAACGAAUUCACGGGUCCAGUUCCGGACACAAUCGGCCUNCUAAGAAUAGCACUUGGUUCAGGGAAGGGUAUUGCUUAUCUUCAUGAGCUUGCUGAUCCUCCAAUUAUACAUAGAGACAUAAAAUCAAACAACAUAUUACUUGAUGAGAAUCUAACUGCGAAAGUUGCCGAUUUUGGCCUCUCAAAACUAGUUGGUGAUCCGGAGAAAACUCAUGUGACAACACAAGUGAAAGGAACCAUGGGCUACUUGGAUCCUGAAUACUACAUGACGAAUCAAUUGACGGAGAAGAGCGACGUCUAUGGUUAUGGUGUGGUGAUGCUUGAGUUAUUAACCGGUAAAAGUCCAAUAGAGAGAGGCAAAUACGUUGUGAGAGAGGUGAAGACAAAGAUGAAUAAAUCAAGAAGCUUGUAUGACUUGCAAGAACUGCUUGACACGACGAUCAUUGCAAGCAGCAGCAAUCUGAAAGGGUUUGAGAAGUAUGUAGAUUUGGCUCUGAGAUGCGUGGAGGAGGAAGGAGUGAAUAGACCAUCUAUGGGUGAGGUUGUUAAAGAGAUUGAGAACAUUAUGCAGCUUGCAGGGUUAAACCCUAACGUAGAUUCAGCAUCGAGUUCGAGAACGUAUGAAGGAGCUUCUGGUAAUCCUUAUGGCAAGGACUCGUUUGAUUACAGUGCAAAUUUCCCAGACUCAAAGGUUGAGCCACAAUGA